UUUGCCCACCAAUAAAAUUUCUUGAAACACGUAUCACUGGGGUCUUGCGGCUCUUGCCAUUCACCGAUUCGAGACUUCUCGUAAUUUUUCUACCCAAGUCAACCUCGAAAAACCGUGUCAAGUAUUUUUAAUUUUCAGAGAGAACCACCAAAUCAAAAACAAUAGAAAACAUAUCAAAAAACAAAGAAGAAAUUUAGGUCUGACGACGAAGAAAAUCUCCAUGGCAUACGUCGAAGGAGGUGUUGUGAAAUCGAAGCGAUCAAUCUGGCGGUUGAGAACAAUCACUGAUUUCUUCAGGUCCAUUAUAGACUUCAUUAUGGUGUUCUUCACGACAAUGUUCUCGAUGGACAAAUCAGAUGCUUACAAGAAAAACUCAGGUUCUGGGAAGAAAUGGGAUGGUGAUGGUCCUGGAGGUGGUCCUGGAAGAGGUCCAUAUGGUGGUGGCCCUCGUGGACCUCCACGUGGAAUGGACAAUGUUCGAGGGAUUGACCACAGCUCACUUCCUGCAUGUGGCUCUUGCUGCGGUUAAGUUGGUGGGAGAGGCCGAGAAGACGAAAUGUGGACUUAGAACACUGCCAAGAUGCAUGUGCUGAACUGCUUGUGCUUGUAGUGCCAUUAGAUUUACAUGUUUAAUAAAAACAUUUACAGUAUUUUUAAAUUUUUCUUCUUGUGUCUAAAUGUUUUGUAUUGGAGAAGAAACUUCCACACUUACACCUAAUGAAUAUUAUCGUAUAUAGACAUGUCUUCUUGUUCUUAGCAAA